GAAAUUAUUUGAUUGAAUUCCCCUAGUUGUCUUUGUAUUUGUACAGGAAUGGCAGGAGGAACAAGCUACCAACCAUACAAGAUCUUCAAUGACCCCAUCCAUGGCAGCAUCGAGAUGCAUCCAUACCUGGUCCGCAUCAUCGACACACCUGAGUUCCAGAGGCUGCGCUACAUCAGGCAGAUGGGGAGUGUCUAUUUUGUAUACCCGGGGGCUUCCCACAACCGCUUUGAGCACUCCAUCGGGGUGGCACACCUGGCAGGUGAGCUGGUUCAGCAACUGAACAGACGGUAUCACCAUGGGGAAGACACCGAACUGGACAAGAAACUUCAAGAAAUUCAUGAGGAGAGAAUGAAAGAGUUGACCACCAAGCAUGAGAAGGAGCUGGUACAGCUGAAGCAGCAGGAUGCUUCUUCUGAUAACCAGGAAUCUGAACCUAGGGAGCAAUGUAAACUUGAGGAAGAACACAAGAACCAACUUCAAAAACUUGAGGCAGAACAGCACGUCUUGAUCACCAAGGAUGAAGGGCUGUGUGUGCAGAUUGGUGCUCUCUGUCAUGAUCUGGGUCACGGCCCCUUCUCUCACCAGUUUGAUGAUCUGUUCAUUCCAAAAGUAGUAGAAAAGCUCUCAGCAGAGCUUGAGGGAAUACCAGAUGGUGAAAUGAAAAGAGAAAAAGAGACAAAAAAGAAUACACUGGAAAAUUGGACGCACGAAGAGCAAUCAGGCUCCAUGCUGGAAAUGCUGAUCGGAAACAUCAGUGACACGGAAUGUCGUGCGUUCAUAGACACUCAUAAAGACUUCAUCAAAGAAUUGAUUGAUCCACGUGGUGAGAUAAGAAAUUUCAAAAAUCCCAAAACUUUCCUGUAUGAGAUUGUGUCCAACAAGAGGAAUGGCAUCGAUGUGGACAAGAUGGACUACUUUUCCAGGGACUGCUACCACCUUGGUAUUGAAAGCAAUUUCAACUGCGGACGAUUCUUCAAGUUUGCCAGGGUGUGUGUGUGCGAUGGUGAGAUGCAAAUCUGUAUGAGAGACAAGGAGGUGGGACACAUUUAUGACCUCUACCAGACAAGAAACAACAUCCAUCAGAAAGCCUGCCAGCACAAGGUUGUCAGUGCUAUUGACACAAUGAUAGUGGAUGCUUUACUUCUAGCUGAUAAAACCCUGAACAUUUCAGGCUCUGUACUUGAUGCCACAAAAUACAGAGGGCUGACAGAUGCGAUUUACCAGAACAUCCUGAAUUACGAGAAAAUAAAAUGCGAAACGGAAGAUCUCAGUAACAUCAAAAAGGCUCAGGAAAUCCUCAAGCGCAUCGAAAGUCGUGACCUGUACACGUGUGUUUAUUAUAGUCGCUUGGAUGCGACACUUGGAAUCAAAAACAAACGUGAACACGAACAGGACCUCGAAGAGCGCUUACAAGCUAAAUACGCCUCAGAGGCAAAAGAGAAAGAGUUUGCCGUAAGAAUCAUCAACUUGGCUUCUGGAAAGAAGGGAGAAGACCCAAUUAAGCACAUGAAAUUCUACUCAAAGCAAAACCAUUGUACAGCCGAAAAACUGGAAAGAACGGAAGUCUCCCAGCUCCUCCCAAAUGUCUUUUCUGAGACGGUGCUCCACAUAUUUCGUAAGAAUUCAAAGAAGACGGACAUUUCUGCCGAAUCGUCACCAAUGAACGAUUGGUGUCAGAAAUACAAGUGCAAGCUGUCUAAAUAAUAAUCCGCCCAGGGCAUUUUGAUAGAACAGCAGUAAGCAAAAAUACAAUGGCCAAUAAUACAUUCUUUAUACACCACUGCAGAGAAAAGGCUAAGGUAAAAUAUAUGGAAAUGAUUUGGCAUUCAUUAGGCACUCACAAAAAUAUUUUUUCAAAUGCCGACAUGACCAUUUUUGAAAAAUGUAAAAAUAUACAUUUGUAUUUGAGUAACAUAAAGGUGAAAGGCUAUCACAACUAUUAUCUUCAUGGAAUAAGUUGAAGGAACUAAAUAUACAAUUUUUUUCCUGUUUUAUCUUAUUGUGUUCAACAAUUGUUUCGCAAAGCAAAUAUGAUAGAAAAACAAAUAUACUAAAAACAUAUUUUAUGGAAUGCUUUGGGAGAAGAGGAUUUCAUUUUAUUUUCAUUUCAUUUUCACUUUGUAGAAAAUCAAAAGGCUUUCUUGAUUAUUUUUACCAUUUUAAUUUUAUGUUAAUCAACUAACAAGUAAUUUUUUUUAUUUGUCAUUGUCUGUUAGAAAUGAUUGAGGCUGGGGAAGAAAUUAGCUGAAAUGUUUGAACUGUAACAUAAAUUAUUUUCAUGCCAUGCCAAUAAUUUACAUGAGACUAAUGAUUUUGUUGUUUCACUCAAGUGGACAUACUCCAAACUGUAAAAUAAACAGCAAUUAUAACAACAACAAUUUAGUAUAAAAAUAUUUUUAAACUGACAUUCAAUCUAUACUUCAGGAAAUAUUCACACCGCACAAAAAUUCCAUAGUGAUGUGAUGCUGUUGAUAAAAUAGCCAUGUUAAUGAUAACAGAAUGUAGGGAGCAAUAUGGACAUCGCAUAAGUAAUGGGAAUGUCCAAUCAUUUAUAACGUCUGGAAUCUGUUUUAGAGGGAUUAUGCAGAAUACAUUUAAUCCCAGAUCCUUGUUUGUGUUUACUGAACCAUUUGAAUUUAAUUUAGAAUAGAUUACGAAUUAUCUAGGUAUUUUUAACUUAAAGCGCUCAGCAGCUCAAAUUAAUGAAGCAAGACCUAGAAUAGUGCAGCAAUAAGAUUUUUGUGGCUAUUUGUAACAUGCGAUUAUCUGGAUAUGAUGGAAAUAUGUAUAACCAUAUAUAAAUUAGAGCUGUACACCUAUAUAUUACAUUUUCAAGAUGUGUUUGAGUCUGUGGUGAUGAUAAUUUGUGCUAUUUUGUGGGUUGUGUUUUGUGGUUUUGUUUCUUGGUUGUGUUUUAAUGUGUAUUUUUUAUGUGAAAAAUCAAGAAAAAUGAUCACAAAAAAAUAAAAAAAUAACUAACCCUCUUA